AUGGAGAAAUGCACUUUGCCCACCGAAAAGGUCUUUCCCAUCCAAAUCGGUUCCGAGCUCUUUCGUCUCUCCGGCGCUUCCCUUGCCUCUGAUGCUCCCUCCUACUUCUCGCGCUUCUUCGAGGACCAAUUGCUCCAAACCCAAGAUGCCUCUAAUAUAAGAACACUAUACAUCGAUCGCGAUCCAACCACUUUUCGCGAGAUCGCCAGACAUCUACAGGGCUACCAUGUCCGACCGCAAGACGGCGCGCAAUUCGUGAAACUCUUCGCCGACGCCCAAUUCUACACCCUCCCCCGAUUGAUGUCCCAGCUAUUCGAAUCAGAAUGCUUCAUCCAAAUCGGCGACCGGCACUUCCAAAUCCCGCGCGACAUUUUCUCCAGCCCCGGCGACUCCCCAAACUUCUUCACACUCGGUUUCGCCGCAUUCUUCGCUUCGCCCACCGAGGUCUUCCCAGGUCUCGAUCGCCAGGGCCUCCUCCGUCCACCCGCCAUCGUACCCCCGAGCGUACCGAAUCGGUCAGCGGACGUAUUCGAUGAGCUCCUACAUCUUCUCAGGGGAUAUACACUUCAUAUCAGGAAUGAGGAACACCGGGCGGCACUCUUGCGCGACUGUCGAUACUUCCAUCUGCGUGGCUUGGAGCAGAAGUUGAUUCCGCAUCAGAUCACCACGAACCCCUUCACGCAGCGACCGGAGAUCGUCAUUCGAUUGGAAGAUGUGCGACCGUCUGGGAUUCAACCCGUUUUUGACGACAAGGGUUCUUUCACUACGAACGGUUGGGUGAGCUACAAGCGACCCUUCGUGGACGAGAACGCCGCAGAUCUGGUGCUUGAAAUUGGAGAGGAGGCCAGUGUCAUUCAUCAUGAGAGCAUGUAUGUUGAUUUCAUUGGUCUCACCAAACAACGGAUCACUAGUCUAUUGGGAACCAUAUCCAAGAAGAUGAACUUGGACUCGCAGCUUCAGGGCCAAAAACCCCCGAUCAAGAUCCGCUUAAAUAGCGAAGUCGAUCUGACUAUUGAUGGUGAACCGGGCCAGCUGAAUGCGGCCGGAGAUGAUGCUGCAGGGCCCCCGGCUAAACGAUCACGAUCAAUUUCAGAGCUCGGCGGGUCUCCUUGGAUUGUUCGUACAGGACAAUGGAGAGUGCAGGUAAUGCACGCUCGCGGUGGAUACGAGGUUGUCCUGGUCGCGGACAAACUGGACGUUUACACCAGCCUGAAAGUCCGAAAUCGCUCACGGAAGUUCUUGUAG